CGUGACCAGUAGCCAGUUAUGCACUGAGUGGUUGCCAUCCUGGCUGUUUUGCUUCAGCGUUGGGCGAUGCUUUCAGUGGGGAACCCGGCCAUGAGACACCCGGAACCGGUGCAACCGCGCAGCGGUCCGCAGACCGGUUCCGACCGGGUCGGUGACCCAGCGCGGAACCAUGGGGCGCAGCUUCCUUCUUCGCUUUCUUCUCGGACUCGCCGUGGGCGAUCGCUACGAAGAACUGAAGGAGGAUCCAGCCCUUUGGGGAGAAGGUUUCCAAGUGGUGUCCCUGCCGUGUCGACAACGCGAGUCCUUCGACUUUCACCGGUGCUGUGCAAGUCACUCCAUCGACUCCUCACAGCUGGAGGGAUGCUUCCGCACACAGAGUGCUGGAGGCAUCAAAUACGCCCAGGAGCAUUGCUGCAAUGACCGCGAAGCUGUUCUGAUGGCAAACAGCUUGAACAUGAACUUCCUGCACUUUGCGGAGUGCUUGUCAAAUUGCACCUGCAUCAAUCAAGACUUGCCUCCGGACUGUGGCUGUGAGAGGAGAUAUGUGUCAACAGCCUUGCAGGUGGCCCCUCUACCAAGCGAGUGGCGGAGCGAAUUCUCUGCAUGGUUACUUGGGAGACGUCCCCUUUUGGAUGCAGAUUGGAAGAGAAACACCUCCCUCCGCUGGUGCCAUCAGGAGAACCUCCGCCAUGCCGCAAGAGUGCUGGAGCAUCUCUUGGGAUCUCCUCAAAUGGCAGUGGCACCAGAAGUUGGGCAAAGGUUUGAGGGGCCACACCAGCGCAUCCCCCUGGCCCAUGCCUUUCAUCAACGAAUCGCACGGAUGCAGAAACGGCGCAAUGCAGCGGAGGUGCGCCGCCUUUUCCGCCCGGCCGUACUGCAGAGCGCCACACCGAGGGAGGCCGGUUCGGUGCAUGUGGCGAUGAUCGCGUCCAUCGGGCAGCCGGUCUAUGGGCGCCAGGCCCUGGCCACGAUUCGCUCUGCCUUGUUUCAUGCACAUUUGCUGCCGCUGCACUUCCACAUUUUCGUGGACACCGCUGGGCAAGAGGACGUCGCCCAUGUUUUGGCGGAGGUUUUGGAACCUGAGCUUCUUGCACGGGCCAGCGCAGUGGACUACUAUGGUCCAAAGCAUCUCAAGAGGAUUUGGCCCCUGCUUCGCCGGCACGUCCCAUUGGGUUGCAUGGCUGGUGAACAUCUUUCUGGAUGGUCAGGAGUUUAUGGUGCGCCUGGUUGGAUGCGGCUCUUUGCAGAGGAAGUCUUCGCUGGCCAAGAGAUUGAUCACCUCAUUUGGGUGGAUGCUGGUGACUUUGUUUUUUUCUCCGACCCUGCCACGCUCUUGCACGAGCACAUCAGGGUCACCGAGAUGAAACCAGGAACGGUGGCCACCCAUCCGAAGGGAAGCCCUUGGGCAUUGCAAGUCUUCAGCUUCAAGCUCAUGCGGCAAGCACAGUGGACCAAAGUUGUCAGUAAGCUCAUCCGGGUGGAGUGGCAGACGAACCGCACUGGACCUGCUGGUGGUUCUCGAGAGGCUCUUUGCUUUAUGGGUGAAGGAAUGUUCAUGAUUCUGCUGAGUCAACAUCAUCCAGAGCUUUUUGGCACCAUCUCGCAGGAAUGGGCCCACGAACCGCGCUUGCCCUUCUUCACGGGCAAUUUGAUGAUGCCAUGGUAUCUCGGAGGAUUUUCGGAUGCCCCAGAGAUCUGGUUCAACCGCGAGCAUCCAGGCCUGGUGGACUUUACCGAAGCCUUCACCUUUUGCCCGACCUUCGAUGAAAUCAUGAUCCACAAUUUGGCUGUGUCACCCAUGACCUACCCCAUUUUUGUGGUGGAAGUGGCCCAAGUCUUGCACCGUGCGAGGUUGGAGUUCGAAUACAUGGCCAUGGACGGCGCUUAUGCCGAAGCUCCUGCCUUUGGGCGGCAGGUCUAUCGCUGUGGGAAGCCGGUGCUGGGGAUGCACUUGAUCCGGCAGUUUCAUGUCGACGUGCCCUGGAGCAUUCGGCUUCUGGACUUUUGGAGCAAAGCCCAGGGUCUUUGGGGUCCAAAGAGAUCCGUCAAGCGUGACCUUCCUAGACGCUUGGAUAUCGUUGAAUAAGCGCGUUUCAAGGCGAGCUGGUGGAAUGUGUUCUGGCCUGGCCAGAUAGAUCAAUCGUUGCUCCGCAGAAUGGAC